GGUAACAUGCUUUUGGUGGUAGCCAAAAACAAGCUUUUGCUUUUUGAUAUCAGCACCUGUGGUUUGUUAACUCAAGUCAUUGUCAGCCAUCACAGCACAAUCCAAUACUGUGACUUCUGUCCUGGGGAUGAGUUAGUAGCAGUUGCUUUGUCUCACUGCUCUGUUGAGCUAUGGAAUAUUAAGUCUUUAUCAAAAGUGGCAUAUUGCAGAGGACACAUGAGCUGGGUUCACUGUGUGACAUUUUCACCAGACGGAUCUUUAUUUCUGACUUCAUCUGAUGACCAGACAAUACGC